ACAAGCGAAGAUAACAGAAUAACUAACAGAUUUUAACAUAAAUUAAACCAACGGUACGGUGUGUGGAACAGUAAAUUGUUAGCAUUAUUUCCUCGUUACUAAAUAUUUCUGUUUAUUUGCGUUUAUUAAUUAAUUUUGCUGAUAUUAUAGUGUAUUUGUGCGUACCUCUUAAUAAAACAAGCAAAAAAAUCAAGGGUGAGGUCGAGCAAGCAUAAUUCGUGACGCGAAUACUAAAGUGACGGCAAUAAUCGACGCCAUUUUUUAACAUAUGUAUGUAAGACUAAUUACCUGAAAGGGUGUUUGGUAAAGAAAAGAGCUGGUGUGAACAGAAGCAGAGCUAAAUGAGCUUAAUUAAUUUCCUGAAUUCCAAACUAAAGCCUUCCGUAGAAUGCGAAGCUCUAUGUGAAGAUGGUUAUUCUGCAAACAAUUUGAUUGCAGACGAUGCAGAACAACUUUCACGAGGCUUCCUGGCCUAUGCCGUUUCUAAACCCCCUGUGGAGAUUGUAUUUGACUUCCCCAAAGCUGUUGAAGUGAAGGUAAUCAAGUUAUGGAAUAGCAAUGGUGCUCUACGUUCAACAGCUUUUGAGCUACAUGGCAAGUUCGAAGGUAUUUGGGAACGCGUUGCCUAUGCUCGUGACCUUGCUGAGGGCGUCGACUCUGUAACGUUUUGCUAUCAAAGUGAUUAUAAUUCCCGUAGUAAUGCGGAAAGUGCGGCCACUCAAGCACAAAGCAAGAAAGCAUUUUUCUUUAAGACAGCGCAUCGUUUACUCUCCAACGCUAGUAGUUUGAAAAUAAUAAUUUGUGCUUCAAAGCGGUGUCCACCAGUGCUGCGAAAAAUCGAAGUAUGGGGAUUGCCUUCUCGAUCAUUGGAAAAAGCCGAUCGUGAACUUGUUAAAACAAUCUGGAGUGAGAUAGUCAAUCCACAUGGUUUUCAAACGACAGAAGACAGGAAUCGUCGCUCACCAACGCGUAGCAUACCAGAAUUAAAUGAGUAUUCAACUUUGAAAAUACCAGAAGAAUUUCUUGAUGAGAUCACCUGGGAGCUAAUGAUUUUCCCUACUGUACUUCCCUCAGGGAAAAUUGUGGACCAAUCCACAAUAGAUAAGCAUUCUGAAGUGGAAGCUAAAUGGGGCCGUCUGCCAUCGGAUCCUUUUACUGGCCUUGAAUUUACCUCACAACGCAAAGCAAUUCUCAACCUCGCCCUUAAGGCACGCAUAGAAAAGUUCCUUAUGGAAAAUUCCGAGCACUUUAAAACAGUACCACGUUCUUUAGGGAGUUCCUUUGUUCGGCGCAGCAAAAAUCGACAUGCCUCACAGUUUGCAAGCUUUUGCCAACGUCACAGUUCUAGCAUCGGUACUUACUCAUCAUUAUCGGCGGCAUUUUACAAGUCUUCUUCUCAAGCUUCCGCCACAGCUACAUCAUCAUCAAUACCGCCGACAAAACGGCCCAGACUUAGUGAUAACGCCACAUAUCGACUGGAAACAUCCCUUACCUCUACAACAACACACACCACUUCCAGUACUCCAUUAUCACUUUCCUCAAAGUCAAUGCCAUUUUCUGUGGCCGCUUCAUCAGCCUUAUCGACAGCAUCUUCCACCCCAAUUCCGACAGGCAUUGAUCACGCCAUUCAACAAGCAUUGAAAAAUGUCACACGCUAUACAUGUCCGCCCGCAGAAACGAAACCAGCAACAUGUAUAAGCUGUAAAACGGAACAUUUCUCAUAUGAAAUUGUUACAUGUGGGCAUCUGGUAUGUCGUGCUUGCUUAGUACAGUUAACUAAGGACGAAAUGUGCACAUGUAAGGCGAGUUUUCGCACAGUCGAUGUUGAGCGUUACCAUAAAUUGUAAGCGUUCACGCAUUUGGCGAUGUUAACAUACGAACUGAUUAAUGAGCCUAAAAGAAGUCAUUAAAGUGCUAGUUUGGUUUUAUAAUUUGUCUCAGUUGUGUUCGGUCACUGUUAUAAAUCGUUGGCAAAGUUAACUGUGCGGUUUGGCUAAACAAAAACUUGUACAAUUUUUGUUAACGUCGUCCAAGAGAAGGAAAUUAAAUAUUGUUGCAAAGUAUUUCAAAAUGCUCGCUUAGAGUAUUAUUAAAAGGCUUUAAUGAAACAGACUUUGUGAUUCAUAUGAUUCAUACGCUUAUGUUCAUAAAUACAUUGAUAUUUGUUUAUUAUUAAUAUGUAGUUUUUAUUUUCCAACGAUUUGUAACAGAGCUACUGAAUAGUUAUUUAGUCUCAGGCUAGUUUUUAAUAAUACUUAAUCACAUAAAAAUAAACAUGGAAUUAAUAAAAAA